UGGUAGAACUGGUACCGGUUGGUGGCGCUCCGAACGCCAGUGCCUUCCUGAUAGUGCUGGAUGACGGAUCAGCUGUUCGCCAGUGACAUCGUGCCUCUUUGAUACGAUGCCGGCCCGACAGGCGUUGUGUAGGUCGGUGGCGAGGCGCAGUCCAGUGUAGUGUGCGUGUGUUCGCGUGUGAGAUGCCCGACGUCACCAGAUCUGACUCCCAGAGGUCCGAUGCCUCCCACAAGCCAAGAGUCUCCUUCAACCGUGACGUCCACGUCAAACGGAUCGGUCGAGAAGGGGUGGUGAGCGCCCUCGCCGGGGAUGGAGAAGGUCGCUUGGUGCCUCUGCCGGUUCGCAGAGAGCGACCUGGCCGGCUGUCCCGCCGAGAGUUGGAGAAGGAAGCGGAGGCCAUCCUCCGGCAGGCUGAGAGGAUCCAGUGUACCCCAGCACUGGGACCUGAGAGAUUCAGCACUCUCCCGCCUAGACCUCGGCCUAAACAUUCAGGCCAUCCACCGGCAUCUUCCAUCUUCAACUCCUUGGACCGGAGCAAGGGCAAGAAGAAGAAACCCCUAGAGGGGACCGAGAGCGUCCGUCUGAAGAGGAGAUACUCCAACCCAGACAAUUCCUGGGAAAGAGUCGUUCAGAAGGAUUCAUCUCCAGAACAUUCUUCUCCGGAGAUUCCACAAAGACGAAAACUAAACCGCAGCGUCAGUGAUGCCGGACGGAGGGAUGAGAAAGACAAAGAAAGAACAUCGAUUUUCGGGACCUUAGACCGCAUCCGUAAGAAGAAGAAGAAACCUCCGGUGUUGACUAACAAUUCUAAGAGGGAGGAAGUCGUCCCACCGGUGAGGAAGAAGAAGCAGUUGUCGCCCAUCAUAGAGAUGUCUCCAAAGGUAGAAGGCUCGGAGCCCUGGAGGUUCGCCUCGCCCCCACAAGGUACGGUGGUAUACGCAGAGGUGGUCACAAGGCCGAGCGGCAAGACAACCGUUCACACCGCAGUAUCCGCGGAUUCUUCGACUCGGCAGGACCCUAUAGCCGGAUCUGAAGAAGACGAAGGCGUCGACAUGGGACUCAGAGGUCCUCAAGGUCGGAAGUUCUCUGAGAAGUUCUACGAGAACGAAAUUCUGAGAUCGGCUUCACCUAAGGAGUAUACAGUUGACAUCAAACGUGAACUGGACGCGAACUUGAAGAGGAAGGAUAAUGACAUUAGAGAAGAUAAAAUCAUCAAUAUGUUACGGGCAAGAAGUAAUCCUCUCCUGGACGAGGAGUUAGUAGGAGGUUACAGAAGAGAAGUGCGAACAGAGAGGGUGAUCCGAGUCGAAGGCUCUGAUGACCCUGAUGGAAGAGGAAGAGCCGACGGGAUGGAUUACAACACGAAAAGAAGAAUGUCUAAGGAUUUGCUGGACGAAGAGACGCCAUUGAAUAGUUAUUUUGAAGAUAGAAAGAUUCACUCUUAUGACGAUUUGGAUAGGAUAAAGCAUCAAGAACCGAUCAGAGCAUGGACGCCACCAUUGGAGACUAGCUUGAUAGAUAGCAAUAACUUGAGUUACCGGAGAGAUCGCUUGGAAUCAAGAUUGACUAAUCAUAAGCGGCGGUUCAUGAGCACGGCCCAAGAGAUCAAGAGUUACCGAGACGACAAAAUUAAGAGUGAAGAAUUACGGAAAGACUUUAUGAUGUCCCAAAUAAGUGAUGACAAACAGAGAGGGUACUUCGAGAAGAAAAUAGCCACCGAGAUAGACACUCAUCAUCGCCAGCAGAUGUUGAAGAAUAAGGACGUGUUCGCGGACUCCGGCAUCGAAAUGAGUGAUUACCGGAAAGAAUCUAGUAAAGAUGUGGCGACUUUGAAUCGAAGAAAUGCGGAGACGACAAAAAUCACCCGAACUGAAACCAACCGAACGAAAUCCACCCCUGUUCUGCACAAGACAGACUACCACUCUGACGGUGAGAAGAGGUACAAAGGAGACACGUCAAUGAAGUUCAUAGAAGAGGAGAGACGGCGACGGGACGUCAUACCGGCGUCGUCAACGUUAGUGAAGAAUUACUCGAAACCGCAGAAAGAGGAGCAGAAAACAAGUGUAAAAAAGGAGGAGAAAAUAACCAAAGACAAGAAAAAAGAUAAGCUCACGAGGAUGGAUAAAGUGAAACAGCUCAUGUUUGGAAGCAAAGAUAGCAAGAAAAACAAGAAGAAAAAGAAGCAAGAAGAAGAAGAAGAGGACCUGCUGAGAUCGAGAUACACCGAGUACAAGGGCAGUGACAUAUCUGUGAACUCCUCCCCAGUAAUCACCAGGCGGAGACAGACCUCCUCUUCAGAGGUGGACGAUAAAACCGACCAGGAGAGAGAAUACUACGGAAGUCGGCAGCGUUUGGCCACCCCCUCCCCCUCUGCUCGUCCCCACCAAUCCUCACAGGAAGACACAUGGUUUAAGUCUCUAACACGCAAGAAUAAACACACCAAGACCAGCAAGACAAACAAAUUAACCAAUGGUCAUGGAGAAGACUCUCUUCGCUCACACAACAAACACCUCAGGUUCUUUGGUGACAGCGACCGUGAAUCUCUCAAAUCUGGGCGAGCCACAGACUCUAGUCAAAACCCCCACCUUCUCCAGGUGCCAACCCAGCGCCAUGGACAUGGUAGACGACACGUUGCCCCAGACAGCUCAGCUGAGAGCACCACUGAAGGUGACAGUAGUCACUCCCAGAAGUCUGUUGUCUACCUCCACGCUGCCACUGUUGGUGAUAUUCCCGGGUCACGGAAGCUGCACAAAUCGGUUACAAGCGGAGGUAGAAGAUCACUCAGCCGAGAAGAACUAUCUUCUAAUCCAGAAGCCAUCACGCCACAGUCACGUGUCCUGUCUCGCUCCAUCUCAGUGCUAGCGCCGUGGCGACCAAGGCAUAACCGCCAAGAGGUCAACUAUGACAGCGGUGGAAGACCCCCUCGAGCACCGAAGAGAGAUAAGGAGCGAGUGGUGGAGAAGAAGAAGAGCUCUCGAGAACUGAGGAAGAGCAAGGAGAACCUGAUCGACUAUGAGGAGACCAGGAGAGGUAGCAGUGACAGUUUGGACCAGAGCCAGAAGCGAAGUCGGGGAAACUUGGUGUUCGUGGGACGGCGGGAGCCUCGUGAUGAGGUUGAUAACACGACCAUGACCAUGGGCAGGACACACAAGACUUCGGACAGAUCAUCGGAAAAGUCCAGAGACCUGGGCCGUUCCCUAUCCAUUCCUAAGGACAACCGUGUAUCCUCUGGCUGGUUCAAAGGGAAAACAUCAAGAGCUAAAUGAAUUACUACUCACAUGAAUUGUCAACAAGUUUGAUGAAUGAUUUUCAGUUCUAGCCGAGUUAAUCAUUAUUGUUUCUUAAAUUUGUUUUCAAAUCAUGAAAAAUUCUACGUACUACACUAUCUCUGUCUUGAUAUUAUACGAUAAACUUACGUACAGUAUCAGUUUGGAAAUAUACAACUUAAUAUAAAAAAAAAACAAGGUGUGAAAUGAAUAUGAAACUUGCGUGAAGACUUACAGUAGUAUGAAAUAACUAUGUGGAUACAUGAUGAACUUUCACAAUUAUUAUAGCUUUAAUUCAUCUGUUACAUCAAUCCUUAAUGACUGUUGAAACAUUUCCGUUUAAUACCCUAUACUUUAAAGAAGCUGUUUAAGGCAGCAAUUUUCAAAUUAUCAUAACUAAAGGAAGAAUUAAACUAGUCAAGAAACAUGACUAAAAUGUUAUCCACAUUUGCAAUAUUAGGUUUAAGAAGUAUCUUUUCAGCUUAAUCUUUUUAAGAGCUAAUCUCUGACAGAGAGAACUCUACUCCUAUCUAUUACCUCUACAGUUUCUUUAUUCAACACACAACCUGCAUCAAAAGUACUUAAAUGUGAAGGAAAUAUACAUUCUAGUAUAAUUAAACUGUGAAUUCUAUUACCACUCUGAUCAAAAUGUGUUAUUUAAUGUGAAAAUCAAUCCUUGAACUUUUUGAUAUAAUAAUGGAUUUUAACUAUUUGUUGGGACUGAAAUGAGAUGUUUCACAUUAGAUAUUCAGUUUCUUAUCGUUGUAAUAUCAUAAUUUAAUUAUAAUUUAUUUUAAAGACAAUACUUUUUUUAGUUUUGCUUGUAAAUAAUGAACUACUAGUCCCAUCAAUCAAAACAUCCAUUUAUGAUACUGUUGUAACUGUUCGCCAUUACAAUCAUUAUAAUUCUCAAGUAUUUUAACAGCUGAAAGAAUAAUUCGAUAAAGAUAUCAAACCAGUACUUGAACAUGACAAAAUCAAGAGCAUUGACCGAAAUAUAAACAAAAUGUAAGACCAUUAACAUUUCAGUUUGCCCUCAUUAACUACUAUAACGCAUUAACCGAGGGUUCCUUAAUCUCAUGUUAAUAAUAUCCAUUUCCUCAUUCAUAACAAAGAAUUAUGUAAAUAAUGUAUUGUAACUAAUACAAGACUUAAAUAAAUGUUUCUAUUACUAA